AUGCUUCCAAGAAACCCAAUAGCGAGGGACACAGCAGAGCUUCCAUCUUCAUCAAGCCCUAGCAGCUCCGCCAAAACCAGACCCUCUUCUCGCAAACACAAACCCUCCAAAGAAAAUGAUCCUCCUUCAGAUCACAACAUCAUCGUCCCUUACUCCCCCUCCCAUGUCAAAUCCAAGAGUCCGUUACCACCAAGACCUCCUUCUUCCAACCCUCUCAAACGCAAACUUGCUCUCGACACCAUCGCCGCCGAAAAUUCACUCCCGGCAACUACCGAUUCCGGCAUUAAGGUUAUUGUGAGGAUGAGGAUAAGGAUAAGGAUCUUGGCUGGAGAUCAUCUAUACAGAAUGGAUUACAUGGAUCUUGUGCAGAGUCACAUUGACAGAAAUGCGGAUAUUACAGUAUCAUACGCUGCUGUUGGUGACAGCCGCGCAUCAGACUUUGGAUUAGUCAAAGUAGAUAGCAGAGGUCGCAUCAUCCAAUUUUCAGAAAAACCUAAGGGAGCUGAUCUUAAAGCAAUGCAAGUAGAUACCUCUCUUUUUGGAUUGUCACCUCAAGAUGCAAUAGCUUCGCCAUUUAUUGCAUCUAUGGGGGUUUACGUAUUCAAGACCGAUGUUUUACUCAAGCUUCUGAAAUGGAGGUAUCCCACAUCCAAUGACUUUGGAUCUGAAAUCAUUCCAGCAUCAGUGAAGGAAUACAAUGUCCAAGUAAGAGAAAUUUGA